AUGUUAGUUGAAUGUUACAAUUAUAGUAUAUUUGAUUCACGAAAACGUUCAUUUAUAAUUUCAACAUUAAUUUUUAUUAUUUGUCCUUUAACAACAAUACCUGGAAUUUUUACUCUCAAAAAACUUCCAACAGAUCAAUUUUAUUCUGAGAUCAAUAAGUUGCUGACAGCUAUGGCUUGUGUUAACUAUACACCAAUUGGCUAUACCAUCUAUAAAGUUAUUUUCAGUAUACAUACAUAUGGUACACUUCUCUCCUAUAUACUACUUUGUCUUGGUGUUUUUGCCCAUUUACUAAGACAUCGUCAACGUAUCGCUCCAAAUUAUACAACUCUACAAAAUAUUCGUCUCAUUUUACGUAAUCAUCGUGAUUUUUUUAUACCACUUAUCGUGAGUAUAUUUUUUUCAAUUCCAAUGUUGGUUAUAAUGGAAAUAAUGACCUGUUCUAAAGCAUCGAAACUCGAGUCGCUGCCCUAUCUGAUUUUUGUAUUCGGAAAUAUAUUUGGCCUUUUACCAACGUCAUUUAAAUUUUUCUACUAUAUUUAUCCAGCGAAUGUUUAUAUGGUAGCCUUCUGGAAUAAUUCACCUAUUGGACAAUGUCUUAGAAAGUUGAAAAAGAAAAUAAUUAAAAUCGGUCAGCAAUUGAAAAAUACUCCACUAAUGCCAGUUUGACUGCCACAACCACUUCAUAGAGAAACAGUCACUGUCGAACAUGAAGUUACAGAGACUAGGAUUUAACAAGUCCUGUUUUUAUUUUUUUAAAUAAAAGUUAGUCUCGAUUAACACAAAAAUCUUAUUAGCUAGGGUGUGAGAUGUGGGUGUGGAUGUAAGUAAAAAGAAGAUACAUGCGCACACCCACCCACACCCACACUGCUAACACAUAUCGUUAAGUGGGGGAGUUAUAGUCUAAUUUUCGUUUUAUAAUGAUUAUUUACUAAGAAAAUAUCUAUAGCUGUUACAGCGGCGUAACCAGGAUUUUUAGACCAAUGAGCAAACUUCUCUUGUGUCGAAAAAAACCAAUGGACGAAAUGGGCAAGGUUUUUAUUGAUAGGCCAAAACUUUUUUCACCCAACAAAGUACUAAUAACGUAAAAAAACACAUACAUAAGUUAGUGUUGAGGAUUCUUCAAAUAUGUAUCUGUACAACACACAUAGACAUAUUCUCUACGAACUGCAUCAUUUCACAUAUUGGUUUUUUUCCUUUAUAUUUCUACAUAUACAUCAUUGGAUUUCUUCUUUCUCUUCUAUAUGUCACUCUAUAUAUAUAUAUAUGUUCGUGUGUGUUCUCUUAUUUCUCUUCUUUUUGAUCUAUCCUUCUCUACGUUUACGUGGAUAGUGUUUUCCCAAUAAAAUCGAACUCACGUUCACCCAAACUUACAGUUAAAAUCAGGCUUGCUAGAUCUUCGGAAAAGCCAGGAAAAUUUCUGAAAUUUGAACAUUUUCCCGAUUUUUUUUCUGAUUUGUUGCCGAAUUCCAGACGUUUUUAGAUGGCGGCUGUACUAGUGGAAUUAAUUACGAGUGUAAUCCAUUAAUAUUAUAGAUCUGUAUUCCGCUACCUUAUUUCCUUUCUUAAUCUUUUGUAGUUUCUGAGUUCUGCAGAUACUGCCAAGUGCUUUAAUAUAUCAAUAAGUUGUUACGUUGCUGAACUAAAGAGUGAAUGCUAAUUAUUUUUUUGUUUGAACGAUUUUGUAAACAUAUUUUAGCUCAAAAACAUUUAUUGAAGGAAUUUUGAACGAAGAAAAACUUGAAAACUAAUAUAGAAGUUAUGUUCUAUAACUGUUAUUAUUUUUCGUAAGAUUUUUUGAUCUGCAUUGUUUAUAUAUAUGAUUUGUUUGUGCAUAUAUUUCGUAAACAGAGUUUUGGUUUUUAUAAAAGAAUCCGACACUAGGUGUCUUUUCCUGACUUUUUUUUGUAUUAACUAACAAUUGAAGAUCAUGAUACAGUAAAUUAAGGAGAUUCAUCAUAGUCGCAUCAAAUGAAUGCUCUCACAUACGGAACAACUAGUUUAAAACAUGAACUGCCAAUAGUGUAGACAGACAGAAUUGUUUAAAUUUUAAAAUAUUUACAGUUUGUCAUGUGCCCACAGUACGAAAUUUCAUCAACCUUUAGUUUUCUUUUUUCAUCAUGGUUCGAUGGAACACGACUAUUUAUCUAGGAAGAAGCAAUAUUACACAUAUUCAACAGCAAUUUGACAGCAAUUAAAAUUUUUUGUUUAUUACCCUUAUAAUUAAAAAAAGUUUGUCUUAGACUUCGUUGAAUUUGCUUUUUAAUAUGCAUGAUAUUGUUUUUUCUUAUGUAAAUGGUCGUGCCCAUCCAACCAUGACAAAAAAAGAAAACUAAACGUAGACGAAAUUUAGUAGUGAAGGUACAUAACAAACUGUAAACUUCUUCUCGGUGUGUGUAGGCUACUGGCAGCUCAUAUUUUUAAUUAGUUGGUUUGAUAGUGAGAAUCUUCAUUUGAUCCAACUAUGAUCAAUCUCCUUAGCUUACAGUAUAUGAUCUUUUACUCUAAGCUAUAUAAUGGUUGUGUUGUUUUUCUUUACUAUGAAAUGCUCUUAAAAAUAAAGUAUGAGCCGAUAAACAAAAAAACUGUGAAGCAUUUUGUGCAAGUAUGUCAACAUGAUAGCCCUUGGUUUGCAAAAAGUUACUCUUUAUGAUUAGUUUCCAAUUUCAGAAAAAAAUUCUGAUUUUUUUCUGAUUUUUAAGUUUUUCAUCUAGCAACUCUGAUGAAAAUACCAGAAGCGAGUCUUUUCUUCAAUCUUUACAGAAAGAACAAGCAAAAAUGCAUGUGUGAUUCAGAUGAAAGAAAAGAAAACGAGUUAUUAUCUAAUUCAAAAAUAAACAAAACAAUUCUGAAAAAGUGAAAUUUCAAUGGGCAAAAACUUACUCAUAAAAAUUACAGUGGGCAAAUCUCCGAAUGAAAUGUGCAAUUGUCCAUUUGCCCCUCCCUUACCUACGCCACUGAGCUGUUACGAUAUUCCGCAAAGGACUUUUACUAGAAUAACUGGAAAUAACUCUUAAUUUUCUUUGAAUUGAGAAAUGUUCUGCAAAACGUAGACUAAUUCGUGACAUCGAAAUUGUCGAUUUAUCCAACUUUACUGCAGAGAUAACUAUACGAUACCGGAGUCUUGGUGACAUCAAUAAAAGUUAUCGCUCGGUAACAUAAAAUUUAAAAAAGACUUGAAAGGCAAGCGACCUCUCCUUUUAAAUGUUUUCUACAUACAUUAUACGCUGGUGUUUUUAUUUUAAAACUUACUUUCAUAUUAAUAUGUUGACAUAAUACUUCACAAUUUUAUGGCAGACCUUCUAUCAAUGACUGUUUACAUAGAUAUUUUUUUCUUUUAUCGACACAUACAUUAAAUUUAGUUUGGAGUAAAGCGAAUUUAUUCAACACUAUAAUGAAUUAUAUAAAAAAAAAAGUACGAAGGAGAAAGUAUCAAAUUAAAUUGUUUUUCUUCAACACGCUUUUUCUAAAGAGUUAUCUUAUUUCAAUAAUUAAGCAAUCAGUUUGUCUAAAAUUUUCUUUAGAAUUCAUUGUGUCAAUCAAGUUGAAACUUCAUAUUGAUAAUAUUUAAUCAUUUCUUUGUGCCAUUCAUAAAUGGUAUUUAUUUGUGAUGCUAUCACUUUAUAUUCGCUCACACUUGUGAUUUUCUGAUAAAUGUCAGUUAACUCUAUGGAUUGUUUUCUUUGAGCCAUUUCUUCCUUUUUAUUUUUAUAUUUCUCUUUCAAUUGUUGAAGUGCCUGUAUCAACUUCAUGUUCAGCUCGUGCGGAUUCUUCUUAUUACAGAUAUCUUCUUCUUCUUUAAUCAUUCUAUUCAAGCCAACCAAGAAUAGGGGUGGGAAGUUACCGUUACCGUUCCCGGGUAACGGUAACGGGGCAGUUACCAGUUACCCGGGUAACUGGUAACUGCCCCGUUACCAGUUCCCGAGUAACUGGUAACGGGACAGUUACCAGUUACUUUUCAGGGUAACUUCUUUAAAACGACGAAUUAUGACUUCUUAUGAUCGAAUUUCGUCGAUAGAUUAAUUUUUGAAUUUCGGAGUUACCCGGGUAACUGGUAACGGGAAACCAGUUACCAGUUACCGGGUAACUCCGGAAUUCAAAAAUUAAUCUAUCGACGAAAUUCGAUCAUAGCAAGUCAUAAUUCGUCGUUUUAAAGAAGUUACCCUGAAAAGUAACUGGUAACUUUUUCCGUAGCAACCGUUACCGUUACCGUUCCCG